CGCUAGCACUUCGAAAUUUGUUUUGAAGGCGUUGGAUGAUCAAACCUCAUUGAGUCCAAAUGGAUGCCAAGAUCGCAUAAUUUAGUUACGGAAAAUCGCAGAGUCCAUAAUACUACUCAUCGUGAGGGUUCUGGAGCUUGCCCUUGGACUACUUUUUCUUAAAUCAUAUUGAAAUCCCGUUGGUUACUUGUUUUUGAAUGAAGUAAAUUUCUUUGCGAGAGAAGUUGCAGCUAGGUUUAUGUCCAAAAAAAACCUAACUAAAGCAGAGGAAGACCACUGACAAUAGGCAGAUAGAUCCCCUGUCAAAUGGCUUCCACGGAAGGGGUAAAUGUGAGAUUGGUUCAUCUCAUCUGAGGUUUAAGUACAUACUGUUCCCGGGUUUUUCUGAUUUUAGUUCCCGUCCUUUCUAAAUAAAAAGGAUUUCCUAAUUUCUUCACCGGGCAAUUGAGGUAAAACUUCGUUGUUAUGGCUCCUCCAAGGGAGGAUGUUGCAAAUACACUGCGGAUACUUGUUGCCACGGAUUGUCAUCUGGGUUAUAUGGAGAAGGAUGAAAUUCGCCGGCAUGACUCAUUCCAGGCAUUUGAAGAGAUAUGCUCCCUAGCAGAGCAAAAGCAGGUGGAUCUCUUACUCCUUGGUGGUGACCUUUUCCAUGAGAAUAAGCCCUCAAGGUCAACAUUGGUGAAAGCCAUUGAAAUUCUUCGUCGCCAUUGCCUCAAUGAUCAACCAGUGCAAUUCCAAGUUGUCAGCGAUCAGACUGUGAACUUUGCAAACUCAUUUGGUCAUGUAAAUUAUGAAGACCCUCACUUCAAUGUUGGCUUGCCAGUGUUCAGUAUUCACGGAAAUCAUGAUGAUCCAGCGGGGGUGGACAACCUUUCAGCAGUUGAUAUCCUUUCUGCAUGCAAUCUUGUGAACUAUUUUGGCAAAAUGGUUCUUGGAGGUUCUGGUGUUGGGGAAAUCACUCUCAACCCCAUUCUCAUUAGGAAGGGAUCAACUUCUGUAGCUCUGUAUGGCCUUGGAAACAUUAGAGAUGAACGACUUAAUAGAAUGUUUCAGACACCUCACUCUGUCCAGUGGAUGCGACCUGAAGCUCAAGAUGGAUGUCAAGUAUCAGACUGGUUCAACAUUUUAGUACUUCAUCAGAACAGAGUUAAAACAAAUCCUAAAAAUGCAAUAAAUGAGCAUUUCCUGCCUCGGUUCCUGGACUUUGUUGUGUGGGGGCAUGAACAUGAAUGUCUUAUUGAUCCUCAGGAAAUUCCAGGCAUGGGUUUCCACAUAACUCAACCAGGUUCUUCUGUUGCAACAUCACUAAUUGAAGGAGAAUCAAAGCCAAAACAUGUACUUCUUUUAGAAAUCAAGGGAAAUCAAUAUCGCCCAACCAAGAUAUGUUUGAACUCAGUGAGGCCUUUUGAAUAUACCGAGGUAGUGUUGAAAGACGAACCUAACAUUGAUCCUCAUGACCAAAAUUCAAUUCUUGAACAUUUGGAUGAAGUGGUCAAAAACCUAAUAGAAAAAUCUAGCCAAAAGGCUGUUAACCUAACAGAGCUGAAGCUUCCACUAGUCCGAGUGAAGGUUGAUUAUUCUGGAUUUAUGACAAUCAAUCCUCAAAGGUUUGGGCAAAAGUAUGUGGGAAAGGUUGCAAAUCCCCAGGAUAUCCUUAUAUUUUCAAAGGCUACAAGGAAAGGUCGCAGUGAAGCUACAAUUGAUGAUGCUGAACGGCUUCGACCAGAAGAACUAAAUCAACAAAAUAUAGAGGCAUUGGUUGCUGAGAAUAAUCUGAAAAUGGAGAUCCUUCCAGUUAAUGAUUUGGAUGUUGCAUUGCAAAAUUUUGUGAACAAGGAUGACAAAAUGGCUUUCCAUUCUUGUGUGAAGUACAACCUUGAAGAAACACGUAAUAAAAUUACUCAGGACUCAGGAACUGCGAAAUUUGAGGGGGAAGAUCUGAUUCUCAAAGUUGGGGAAUGCUUAGAGGAACGUGUGAAGGAAAGGUCACUGUGCUCUAAAGAAGCUCCAGAAUUCACACAUACUGCACAUCCCUUGGGGGACUUCGGAAGUAAAAGUACACGAGUUGGAAGUGCAGUUUCCUUUAGUGAUGAUGACGAUACCAAUCAAUUCUCUACUUCAAAGUCUGCAACUAGAGGCAGGAAAAGAUCAUCAAUACCUUUCAGUUCCUCUCAUGAUCCACCAGAAGUUGCCAAGACAUCUUCAAGAGGAAGAGGCAGGGGUAGAGGCAGAGGCUCUAGUAAGUUAAAGCAGACCACCCUUGAUGCAGCUAUUGGGAUCCGCCACUCACAGAGAUCUGCAUCGGUGCAAAAUAUUGGUGAUGAUGAGGAUAAUGUGGAUUCUAGUUCAAGUGAUGAAGCAGGGAAUAAUGGAGUACAUGAGGUCAACGACAGCUCAGACAAUUGCGAAAAUCAUCAAGGCAAAGGACGCAAAAGAGCUGCUCCAAGGGGAAGGGGUAGAAGUUCUAUACCAGCUUCUAAGCAGGGAAGAAAAUCAGGUAACUCUUCAUCUUCAGUCCAUAAAAUGCUUAUGAGCAAAGAUGAUGAAGAAGAUGAUGAUGACAUGGAAAGGAGAGUGAACAAGUCUCAACCACGGGUAACAAGAAAUUAUGGUGCCCUACGGAGGUAGCUACCAUGGAGGCACUUCUUUUUGCACCCGUACCAGCUCUCAUCAUUUGUAUAUGUAUUACUCUUCCAGGAUAUCGUGUUAUCUUGUUAUCUAGGCAACAAGAUGUUUGGCAGCUUUGUUUAUGUAGUCUCAAUUUUUUUUUUUUUUUUGGUGGGUUCGUGGCAUCUGUAGCAGCAACAUAAUGACCCAACUCACAUUUUGCCCUUUUGUUGAUCCUGUUUUCAAAUAUUUGUAAGCAUGUUACUUUAAAGGGUGUACUUGACAAUCUUAACCGUUAAAACUGAUUUGUUAUUGAGCACUA